AUGGCAAGUUCGGUUCCACCAGGGGGUCAGCGUAUUCUACAAAAGAGAAGACAGGCGCAAUCUGUCAAGGAGAAGCAAGCGAAGCAAACUCCUACUUCCGCCAGACAGGCUGGUCACGGCGGGUCGUCGAGCUCGGUGUUGAAGUUGUACACGGACGAGGCCAACGGGUUCAGGGUCGACUCGCUUGUCGUGUUGUUUCUAUCCGCCGGGUUCAUUUUCUCCGUCAUAGGCCUGCAUCUGUUGUCGAAGUUUACACAUAUUAUAUAA